AUGGCAAUUCCUUUCCGACAGUCCCAGCGCAAGCAGUCGCGUCAACUGUCGACGGACCCCCGCAAUGAGCUCCACCCUCAAGUCGACCACUACAUCGGUAUCGAUGUUGGUACUGGUAGUGCCAGAGCCUGUAUUAUGAAUGACCAGGGAGAUAUUGUUGGGUUGGCAUCAGAAAACAUUGGCCUCUGGCAACCACAGACUGGUUACUAUGAACAAUCCACAACAGACAUCUGGCGAUGCAUCUGCUCCUCAGUCCGCCGAGCAAUGGAUCAGCACAACAUCGACCAGAGCACUAUCCGCGGUAUCGGCUUCGACGCUACCUGCUCGCUUGCAGUCUUCAGAGACGACACGGAUGAGCCUGUCGCGGUCACCGGACCAAACUUUGAUAACAAGGAUGGUAAUGAUCGCAACGUCAUCCUGUGGCUCGACCACCGACCUGUGGAAGAAACCAACAAGAUCAAUGCUACUGGGCAUAAUUUGCUCCGCUACGUUGGAGGCAAGAUGUCUAUCGAGAUGGAGAUUCCAAAGGUGCUGUGGCUGAAGAACAACAUGCCGAAGGAGCUAUUCGACCGCUGCAAGUUCUAUGAUUUGACUGAUGCUCUUACACAUCUGGCUACUGGCAGUGAAAGCAGAAGUUACUGCAGUGUAGUCUGCAAGCAGGGCUUCGUACCGGUCGGAGUUGAUGGAAGUGUCAAGGGCUGGCAGGAAGACUUCCUCAAAGAGAUUGGACUUGAAGACCUAUGCGAAGACAACUUCAAGCGCAUGGGCGGUGUUGACAAAAACGGACGCUAUCUCACUGCCGGUGAACUUGUCGGUACACUUAGCGAAAAGGCUGCGCAAGAGAUGGGUCUACAGCCUGGUAUCGCAGUCGGCAGUGGAGUCAUCGACGCCUACGCUGGCUGGAUUGGUACCGUUGGCGCCAAAGUCAAGCUCGACGAAGAUACUCUGGAUAUGGAUCAGCCCAAGAACGAUGUUUCACAAGCUUUCACGCGUCUUGCAGCUGUGGCCGGAACAUCGACCUGUCACCUUGCCAUGUCCCGUAACCCUGUCUUCGUCGAUGGUGUCUGGGGCCCAUACCGAGACGUUCUACUACCAGACUAUUGGAUGGCAGAAGGAGGACAAAGCGCAACGGGUGAAUUGCUCAAGCAUGUAAUCGAGACACACCCAGCCUUCAACGAAGCCGUGUCUGUCGCAGAAACAUACAACACCAACAUCUAUGACUACCUCAACGAACACCUCCGCGAGAUGGCAGAUAAGGAGAACGCGCCACACAUCGCCUGGCUUGGCCGCCACUUCUUCUUCUACGGUGAUCUCUUCGGUAACCGCUCGCCCAUUGCCGACCCCAAUAUGAAGGGCUCUGUUAUCGGUCUGAGCUCCGACAAGAGUCUCGACAGUCUGGCGCUCUACUACUACGCAACUAUGGAGUUCAUCGCUCUGCAGACGCACCAGAUCGUCUCUGCAAUGAAUGCCUCCGGCCACGUUAUUUCCUCAAUCUUCAUGUCUGGUUCUCAGUGCCAGAAUGGCCUGCUCAUGCAGCUCAUGGCCACCGCAUGCGACAUGCCCGUUCUCAUCCCACGAUAUGUACAUGCGGCUGUGGUACACGGCGCGGCUAUGCUGGGUGCAAAGGCGGCGAGCACCGACAAGGACGGAAACAGUGAGCCGCUUUGGGACAUCAUGGACAGACUGAGCAAGCCUGGUAAGACUGUGAAGCCACUGGCUGACAAGACAGUCAAGAAGUUACUGGACGCCAAAUACAAGGUGUUCUUGGAGCUAUGUGAGGGACAGCAAAGGUACAGGAAGGAUGUUGAUGCUGCUAUUGAAGGCUGGACUAGCAAGUAA